AUGAGAUGUGAGCGAAGAGGGGCUGCACCUGGGGGGCCUGUUCUCAGACGACCGGAGGUGCCAAGUGCCCUGGCUCGACCCUGUGACCUCCCACAGCCUUCAGACAAUGAGGAGGACCUGGCUGGAUCCACGAUCAACCGAUUGUCCCCAUCGGCACUCACCGCAGAGCCACACUCACCACACUACGAUUCCAUGGCCCCCAGUGAGAACCCAUUUGCCCCUGCCCCACCUUCUGAUUUCAAUGGGAAGUAUACGAGUGCCACUGCCACGCCCACACCCGUCCCCCCGCAGCCGCCCACCCCCAGAGAGGCCCACAGAGGUGUAUGAUGACGACUUCCUGGACAUCCAUGGCAACGCAGACGAGAUGGACCUCUUCUAAGGCUGGCCUCAGAAGCCCGGUGUAUUUUUUCCUUUCUAUUUUUUUUUAGAUAUAUAAUUUUUUUAUUAUUAUUAUUGUUUUAAACUUUUUAGGCUUUCCAAUAUAAUUUUUUUUUUUUUUCUAUUUGAUAAACUCAACUGUGAUGUAAAACCAGUCUUGAGCCUUCCGCAUGUUUUCGGAGUCCUUGAAACGUCAUAGAAGACAGUGUCCAGUUUUCAUUUGGUUUUAGUCAAAAGGCUCAACACUCAUUGCCAUUGAGCACUAACUGUUAUAUAAAGCAUGUUGAAACAGGUCCCCAUAACACAUAUGUGAGAGGUGCAUACUUUUACAUGAAAGCUUGCGUAUCACACUUACAGAUACACUUACAGUUACACUUACAGAUACACUUACAGAUACAUUUAGAUACACUUACAGAUACUCUUAAAUACACUUACAGUUACACUUACAGUUACACUUACAGUUACACUUACAGAUACACUUACAGAUACACUUACAGAUACACUUACAGAUACAUUUAGAUACACUUACAGAUACACUUACAGAUACACUUACAGUUACACUUACAGUUACACUUACAGUUACACUUACAGUUAGAGUUACACUUACAGAUAUACUUACAGAUAUACUUACAGAUAUACUUACACAUAUACUUAACACACACACACACACACACACGUAGAUCAGUAGCAAUGUUACGACCUCCCAGGCUCCCCCCCCUUCCCUCCCCCUAGCAUCAGCUGCUAAGUUGCAAAGUGCCUGAUUGAUCAUAUUAUCAAUGGACCUACUACAUGCCACAUUGCCCAAGCUUCUGCGUCAUUUAAUAUACCUUCUGGAAAAUGGGUCAAGGUCAGCUGUGGACACUGGAAGGAAUGGCAGCCUUGAGAGAGAGAGAGCAAGAGUCGAAGUUGGGGGAGAAAAAGAAACAAACUCUCAAAUCUCUAUUCUUUAAGUGAGUUACUUCUAUAUAUAUAUAUACUGUGUGUGUGAGGAUUUUAUUUCACGUUUGUACCCCCUUUGUCCUUUUUUUUUUCUUUCUUUCUUUUUUUUCAAUGUAAUUUGCCAUGUAUAUUAUCCAUAUGUUACAUAUAUUCAGGGUUACAGUAAUUGUGUAAUUAAGGCAUAUUCAUAGGCUAUCAUCACAUGUUUUGUUCUGUAAAUAAAAUCUUCAGGUCAUUACACAAAAGAGAAUAAAAGUCAUGUUUCUUUUCUAUUCAGUGGUUUUCCUUUUUUUUUCUUUUGUAUAUGCAUGGUGCUUCGAAGUGUCGACUAGAUAUUUUAUAUAUUUUUUUAUAGGUAGUUUUACAUGUUCAUCCUUCUCACUUGAGGAAGAAAAAUAGAAAGAAUGCAAUCAUUACUGGAGUAAGCUUCAUGAAGAGGUCAUGUAUCUCAGAAUUUAUAUUGGAUCUCAGCGUAAAGAGAAGAUUGGAAAUAAAAUUGUAUGAUUAUGCAAAAAAUCACCAAUAUC